CCUUCGGAAGUUGAAGGCGCUCGAAUGUUGUCUCAACCUGCUCGCAAAGGUUUGAAAACAUCAGUGUGGGAUUUCGUACAGCAGCAUUUUAAAGUGCCAAAUCAGUCAAAGUCCUACACAGUUGGCAACUGGAAGGACUCUAGAGGAAAUAAUAACCAGAAGCUGUUCACGCAAUUGUACUUUUGUGAUGUGGAACUUCACCCUUUUGGCCUUGUGAACUGUGGAAACAGCUGUUAUGCGAAUGCUGUGCUUCAGUGUCUGGCUUUUACUCGGCCAAUUUCUUCUUAUCUUCUUCAAGGGUUCCACUCGAAAACAUAUUGCAAGAAGGAUUGGUGCUUCAUUUGUGAGUUCGAAGGUCUGAUUCUAAAGGGGCAGGAACUGAGAUCUCCUUUAUCUCCAAUUAGGAUACUGUCACAAUUACAAAAGAUUGGAAGUCAUCUUAGUCAUGGAAGAGAAGAAGAUGCCCACGAGUUUUUGAGAUAUGCCGUAGAUGCAAUGCAAUCUAUAUGCCUCGAAGAAGCUGGGGUUACUGGCCCAUUGGCAGAAGAUUCAACACUUGUAGGUCUGACUUUUGGGGGUUAUCUUCGAUCGAAGAUUAAGUGCAUGAAGUGUUCAGGGAGAUUUGAGCAGUAUGACCGACUUAUGGAUCUUACCGUGGAGAUAGAUGGGGAUAUUGAUUCUCUUGAAGAGGCUCUUGCACAAUUCACAGCAUCCGAAACACUUGGCGGAGAUGACAAGUACAAGUGCAGCAGAUGUAAAUCUUAUGAGAAAGCUAAGAAGCAGUUGACUGUACUUGAGGCUCCUAACAUUCUUACAAUUGUUCUGAAGCGAUUUCGGUCAGGAAACCUAGGAAAACUAAAGAAGCUCAUCCAGUUUCCAGAGGUUCUGAACCUUGGUCCAUUUAUGAGUGGAACAAGUGACAAAUGCCCUAUGUAUAGUCUCUUUGCAGUGGUUGUUCACUUGGAUAUGAUGAAUGCUGCAGAUAGUGGUCACUACAUAAGUUAUAUUAAAAAUUUCCAGGGAGAUUGGUUUAGAAUUGAUGACAGCAGGGUAAUCCCUGUGGACCUAGAGACUGUGCUGUCUGAAGAGGCGUACAUUCUUCUCUAUGCAAGGCACACUCCCCGUGGUCUAUCUUUGGUGAGGAACAACAGUGUGUAUUCUGAUGGUAAAACAAAAAGGAACAUGGAAGCCAUUUCUUCAAGUAACAGUGGAAAGAAAAGAAUUCCGAAGACAAAAUCUGAGACGUUGCAUCAUUGGUCUGAAAGGCACCAUUAUCCAAAUGAUUUCACUGACAACCAUAUAUUGGAUUCUGAUGGUUGGAGACUUCACUCAAUGCAAGGAAAUCAUAUUAUGGAUUCAUUGAGUGAUAGUUCUUCCAUUUUCAGCAUAUCAGAUGCUAGUUCCAGUACAGAUAGCACCAAGGAUUCUAGCGUGGAGGACUUAUCUGACUAUAUAUUUGGGUCUAGCUCUUAUCGUCCGUAGGUGCUUUAGUUGGACACAGGUCUCUCUAUCCCAUUGCAUUCAAGACUCAUUAGUGGGGGAGCAUUGAAAAUCAGAAAGAACUCCCUUCUGUAGACUUUGUAUACUGAAACAACUGCAAGUAGUAGAUAAUUUCCGAGUUUGAUAAUUGUUGAAGCAGAUGAGUGAACGUAAUCUGAUUCACCCUUUCGGGAAUCGUCAUGAUUCGUUCACUCCAAAGGGGGAACAAUCAGCAAGAGCAACUCGAAACAUUUUUUGGGGAGUUGGAAUUUUGACGAUAAGUUAUAGGUUGUAAAUUGUCGAGGCAUAUUGUAUUUCAAAUAAUUGUAUAAUUAAUGAGUAUCAAUAAUAGCUCUUGCGGGCUUUCUAAAUUUCCCCUGCA